AUUAUUUAUUUAUAUCUAAUAUUUAUAUUUUUUACUUAAAACUUUGAUUGAAUCCAAUUUAGUACUAUAAUAAUGAAUUUUUAAAUCAUAUAACUGUUUUUAAAUAAUGAAUUGAUAAUAAUAAUAGAAAUAUGUGGACGCUUUUAAAAAAUCAGUCUUCGUUUUAUAUGACAUUUUCGUCAAGAGACGACUAUGAAGUUUUAGUCACGAAUUUUAUAACUUUAUGGACUUCUAAUUACAAUGAAUCUAGUUUAUUGACUAGUUUGAAGAAUAGUAACCAACUGGAGAUACGAGACCAGUCAUUAAUAGAAAAGGGCAUUGAUAUGUUAUCAAACACGAAUAGUUUGAAAAAUAUUGAAAUAAAUCAGGAAGGAAACACAUUGAAUAUGUGUAUGGUGAAAGCAUAUGAAUACUCUGUAAAACUGCAUCUUACACUUGUGGAGGCAUCAAAAGAACUGUUCUUUCAGAAAAUCACACAGCCGUUGUUAAAAAUAAUUGUGGAUAUGAAAACAAGUGAAAAUCAGUUAAGACAUUUCCUCAGAAAUAAAGAUCAUUUAAAACGGAAAUAUGAUGAUGAAACUCACAUGAGAAGUCACCAAGAAUUUGAAAGUAUAUUUGGAGAUUCAAAGAUACCUGAGUGUAUAUUGCAGAAAAUGAACAGCUUUCCACAUACAAAUUAUAUAAAAGAAGAAAAUGGAAUUACUACAGAGAGAGAACACAAAAUACAUGUUAAAUCGGAACCUGAUAGUCAAACAAAUUCACGUACUCCAAUAACAAUAAAAUCUGUUAAUAUAAAAAAAGAGAUAGUAAAAACAGAAGCAGAAUGUAGUCCGAAUGCAAAAACUAAAAGGAAGAAGUUAAAUUUGUAGUAUAUCUAGUAAUGUAUGAAAUAAUAAUAUUAUGAAAUGGUAAAUUCUAUUGUUGAAUAGAAAUAUUAUAGUUUAUAUAAUAUAGUAUAAUUUAAUGUAUUGAUAUAAUUGUAAUCAAGUAAUAAUUAUUGUUAUUGCAUGACAUUAAGAAAACCAAAAAAUUCCACAUUAUUUGGGUUACUGAUAAGCCAAACAUAAUACAUAUGUUGGUAUAUGGCUAUCCAACGUAGUUUUUAAGGGAUUUUACUUCUUUGGUAAGAUGUAAUCAUUAAUCAAGUUUGACAAUGAAAGAUGGUAUAUAAGUAAAUCUUUAUUAUACAUAGAACAAUUAAAACCUAAUAUUAGUUGUGCUGGUGAUGUAAUCACUGUUACUAAUAAUGUGAUUAAUUGGAGAUAAAUCAAUAUGAUACGAACAGAUAUUGAUUUUACAAGUCGAUGUACUUAUGUAGUAAUAAGGAAUACAAAACAAUGUGAUAUUUUUGAAAUUUUCUUGUCAAGCAGUUCUUAAUUUUAUUGUAAUGAAAUAGAGUUUUAAAUAAAACAAGAUAUUAAAUUUUAUUAACUAAAAUAUUAUUUUUUUAUCAAGAAUCUCCACUUGGAGAAUUACCUUAUCUUUUAAUAUUUUAGUUAACUGUAGAUUUACCUUUACAAAAGUUGUAUAUAUUAUUAUAGUUUAAAAUCUAAUGUUAUUCGUUGUAUACAAUAUUGCAUCAACUGCCAAAUAUGGUAGAUUGAAAAAAAUAAGAUGGAAACAUGUAAACAAAUAACAAUAAAAUCAAAGCAGAAAUUUAUUUGACUAUUAAAUGUUGUAAACUUUUUCCACGGUUGUUUAUAAUUGUAUACAGUAAAUAAACUGGAUAUUUACUUUGUAAUUUAUGUUAUUUAUACAAACGUCCUGGACAGGGGUCUACCCGUGAUCAGGGCGAUUGUAACGGCGCGUAAUGUCAUAUAUUACAUAAUGUAUACUAAAAUACUGUUAGCCAUUACAUGAUGUUAAUUUUGUUAUAACAUUUGUUAUGCUGUCCAGCAGCUAAUAAUCACACAAAAUUGGGGCCAGCCCGUUGUGCUAAGCACAGUAUAAAACAAAUGCAUAUUAUAGUAUACUACAUCGCAACUUGAUAAUAUUAUUUCCGUAGGUCCAUUAGGUUGUCGUUUUACCUAUAUUUUUAAGUUACUGACAAUAAUUACCUACUUAUAUAUAGUUUCUACCGAAAGUGAUAUAUACUUAUAUAUUUAGUAUCAACUACCGAUCUAAUUAUAACAUCAAAAGCCUUUUUCUCCAAUAUAAUCGCAUUAGUUGUAACUAAUUCGCCCGAUAUAAAUGCAAUAUUUCAUAUUUUGUAACAAACGAGCUAUUACAAAUACCAUUCCUAAUAAUUAUUUAAAUUCGUUAGAUAUAAUGUGCCUUUUAUCGAGUCUAUUUAGUUAAUUUUCGCUGAGCAAUUUGUUUGUAGGCUUCAUUGUACCUACAGUGAUAAAAGGCCUUAUUGUGAAAUGUUUUUGUUAUUAAUAUGUAUAUUAUAUAGGUACUAACAUUUUAUUAUAUAUAUAGAAAGUAUAUUGUAUAAUAUUCCUACAGUCAAGUAGAUAAAGAUUAAAAUUGACCGACUGAUUUCUUUAUACAACUGUAGAAUACUUUUACAGAUGCUACAAGUCUUAUUUAAAUAAGAACGCGCUGUUAAUAAAAUGUUAAUUUAUAAACCUUUUACGCUUUUCCAAUUUAAAAAAAACUGACAACGACAUCCCAAACCCUUGUACUAUUUGAAUGGUAGGCAAAACGAUAACAAUGUAUGUUAAUUUAUACAAAUAUAAAAAAAGCACUAUAAAUCAGUGCUUCUUAAAGUUGACUCCACAUAUAUAUCACCUCACAAUGGGAA